AUGAGGACACUAAUUCUCACAGUGCUAAUUUGCUUUGGUGCUUCACAAAUGUUGAGAGGUACACCCAAAGCCUUGAUUGAAGAAGAACAAGCAAUCUUCGAGGCCGAAUAGGAAGAUUAAAGUUUUUAUGUAGGGAGAGAUGAUGUUUCAGCUGAAACCCUGUAAGGAGAUUAAAAUUAAGAGGUCGAAGCUAGUUUGGCAGUGUUUAAGAGUGACGAUACUCCAAUGGUUUAUGUGGAGGAAUCGACUGAUUCAACCCAACUAGAUGGUGUUGAGUAGUAGGAAUCUUUGAAGAUAGAGAAGAUUGAAGAUUAGGUGCAAGCUGAAGACUUGCAAGAAGCAACGACUGAGUCAGCAAAUUAUGUCGAUAAAGCUAUAUCUUUGGAGGGAGACACUGAAGCAGAACCAAUUUAGAAUUCUUCGACUGAUGUGGUGUUGAAUAUUGCACCAAAGACUGAAUCUCUCAGUAGUUCUGAGAGUACCAAGAAGCAUGUUUAUGUUUACAAUCCUUUGGCCAAGAAGCCUUUUGUUGGCAUCAAGUUCCCACCAAUGCCAGUCACCAAGGAUCGUAACUACUUGUCCAAUUCUGAUACUUUAACUAUCAAGUUGCCACCAUGGUCAGAACAAAGCAACCACAGAGUAGAGGAUGACUUAGAGUUCUUCCAGUUCAUUAGACCAUCUGAUGUAUCAGUUAAUGAAUAUUGAUCUAAUAUUAUUAUAUAUUUCAUUCUUUUUUACAAGUUAAGCAUAACAAUAGUUAUAAUAAUUAAAAA